AUAGGUUUUCCUUUUAGACUAACACAGUCAGUAGAGCACUAGAGAGAGUGAAGUAACCGAGGUGGCACGUCUUGCGCUAAGGAACAAUGAGGAAAAACUAAAACAUACUUCUUUUUCUUUUCCCACCACCCAAACUAAACUUUUUCCUUUUUCAUUGCAAUUCACUUUUUUUUUUUUUUCUCACUCGUCGUCUUUCUUUUAUAAUCUUCGCUUCACCACACCAAUGCAAACGGAAAAGGCAGAAUCGCAACUCACGAGGAUCGCACCGUCGUCAUGAAAAAAUCGCUCUCCAAAGGCUCCGAGUCGUCCACUCAGUUGGACUCGCCACUCCAAUUCCACUCGCCGAUGCGGUGGGACGGGACCGAUCCGCCGGAGUCUCCGGAAUACCGGUCGCCGGGAAACUUGACGGAAAGGCAUGUGGACCACUCUAUGGCAAUCGUCACCGUCGGCAACCUCAAGCAGCUCGCUCCAGACAAGCGCGCGGAGCACCGGAAGCCGCCGGAAAAUCCGCCGCCUCCUUUGAGGGUGUUCAACGGCACGGUGACGGAGGAGACGCAUCGUCCGGCGGCGAAAGCGGCUCCUGCGAUGGUCGGAGGCGAGAGGAGAUCGAGGUCGUCGGGGUGGACUACGGAGGAGACGGUGUGCAAGGCGGCUCUAGGGUUCCGGCUGAGCGAGAUGGUGGUGUGUCUGAUUUCGUUUUCUGUUAUGGCGGCGGAUAAGACGCAAGGAUGGAGCGGUGACUCCUUUGAUCGCUAUAGAGAAUAUAGGUACUGUUUAUCUGUGAAUAUAAUUGGAUUUGCAUACUCAGCGUUGCAAGCAUGUGAUCUGUCAUGUCAACUUGCCACGGGGAAACACUUUAUCAGUCACCACCUUCGCAACCACUUUGAUUUCUUCAUGGAUCAGGUUCUGGCUUAUCUUCUGAUAUCAGCAUCAUCAUCUGCAGCCACACGGGUUGAUGAUUGGAUAUCGAAUUGGGGGAAAGAUGAGUUCACAGAAAUGGCCACUGCUUCAAUUGGAAUGUCCUUCCUCGCUUUUCUUGCCUUUGCUAUGAGUUCACUCAUCUCUGGUUACACCCUAUGCAACCGCAGCUCCAUGUGAACCUCACACCUACUUCUAUUUAGAGUAAUACUUGUUUGAAACUGAUUUGAUACCCCAAAAACGUGGAAGCAGGAACAUUGAAAACAACAUGAACUGUGCUUCCAAACAUGUUGUAAAGAAAUUGUUGAUGCCCGAGAGUUUCUACUGUACUGACGGAUUUAUGUAUAUACACAGUUUCAGUAUAUUGUUCGUGUUCCAAGUGGGAGGCUGGACAACAGAUUUUCUUUGUUUGAUUUCCUUUUUAAAUCUCAUGUUCUUCCAUAUAACAUAUGUUACUAGUUAUUA